AUGGUCCAAGGGCAUGGAUACUGGGUAUGCAGGGGAUGGGAGAAUAUUCCAUUUACUCCUCACAAUAAGUCCUCCAGCCAUGGGUUGUUACAGUGUGCGAGUGAAGGCCCCCGGACUAGCGAGUUGGACCAUUCGGGAAAGAAGUUGCAACAGUUGGUCAUACCGACAUUUCGUGACACAACGAUAACUAGAAUUCCUUUGUUCAUGCUCCGUAUCGACCUAGAUCGUUCUCCGCAUAUCGAUGGUCAGUCAGCUAACGCAUCGGACAAACCGUGCCGCGCAAUAGCGUUUUAUGAAAGCUCUCAGCCCGUAUAA